AUGUUUUUUUCUCCUACGAAGCUGCGAUCUCGAAGAUCCUCAAGGAAAGGCCCCCGAUUAUUACAUCACCCAUUGCCAAACAACCUCGGGAGCCAACUCAUCAAUUCUCUCUAUCCCCAACACCUAUGCAAGGCGUUCUUCCUAGCCAGUUGCCUAUCAUACUAUUCUCACCCAUCAACCAAUCAUCUUUCCAAAGCACACCCUCGGAAAGCCUCAUCAACUGAGGCAUUCCAAAACGGCCCCCAAAAAAGUGACCUCCAAGCGACCUCAUCAAUCUCACACGCAACAAUCUCUAUCUGCCCUCUCCUCUCAUCCACGCGCGCACAGAACAGAACCAACAAUCUCAGUCUCACAAGAGGUCAGGUCAGGCCCAGAGCCAUUUUCUUACUCACAUACCCAGUUGUACCUCCGCCUUGCUCGUCCGCCCUCUCGCGUGCCUGCUUGCAGCGGCAGGAUAUAUGCAACGCAGCCAGCCUAGCUGGUCCCCGCGAAAUUCUCCGUCAGACCGGUCGGCUUCGGAAAUGCCGAUUUGGGACGGACGAAUACUCGCGAUCCCAACAGUUUGGAUUUGAUAACGGCAUGGAUAGCCAGAGGAUUGUGGGGCGAUCUUUUGCUGGUAAGGGGUUAGAGAGGUGUAGACUGGGGAGCAGCGAAUUAGAGGGGGCUCGGGGGUUUGGAGGGGUUGGAGCGAAGGUGAUUUGGGAUAUCAAGUUCAAGGUUUCUUGGUAUUUCUUGGUACGGAUGCUCUGCCAGAAUGAGCGUCUUACGGCGCAACAUGCAUCUAGGCCGGUAGUUCCAUCAAACAUCUCCUACUCCCGUCCGUCGGUGCCGACACGCAUGGAUAAUUUCCUGUCGCCAAGCCUCCUCCCGCGGCUGAGCCCUACGUCCAUUUCGUAUAAUUCUAUCAGAAACCCGCUUUACGCGGAAGGAGUCGCCCAAUGCCCCCACACUCGUAUUCCAUAUCCGCGUCGGAAUUUCAAAGUAGAGAUGCAUCUCCUCCGUGAGGACUCCGUGAGGACUCCACCAGCAACUUUCCUCUCCCGCGUGAAAAACUACGCAUUGUUUCUAAAAACUCCGACAACGAGGUUGAAGAGAAGCCCUAACAUCCUUGCGUAUUGGUUGUUGCGGCGAGUGUGCUCUUCGCUCAAUACACUUCUCACGUGCCACAUUCUCACGCGCUACACUCCCACGCUGGGGUUCUCUCAAUCCAUCUAUCACUCCCUAUCAACUAACUCUUUUCAUAAUAAAACUACCAUCGGUCUUUUCAUCUUACCUCCUCUUCUUGAUCCGAAACCCACCUUCCGCCCACACCUCGUUGAAUUCUCAAUCAAGAAAUCCCCGCCCAUAGCGCACAUGAGACAUUUCACACUCAUUUUUCAACCCCAGUCCCAUCACACACCCCAGCCUCAUUCCACUUCUUAUAUCAAGCAAGUGGUGUGCUGUUUUAGCACACCGUCGAUGUAUCUAACUCUCGCUCUUGAGAAAGAAAGCAAGGACACACCACAAUUGUAUGAUAGAUUUUCUCCGCCCGAGCCGACAUGCGCCACCAUGAACCUUGGUUUUUGGCUACUGAGGAGGGUUAAAAGCGACCUGGAGGGUAGAGUGAAGCCAAAGUGCGUUUGCGAAGCCGCCCUGCGGGCCGAGUCCGGAGCCUACGAGAUCGCAGCCAUCACCCAAUACCCUACCCGUACCACGCUUUUAGACUGCAAUAAUCGUCGAACCUUAGAAGUGUGUAUAAACCCUACCUGCAAUCGCUCAAAGUUCACUUUCUCACACUGCGAGGAGCAACGCGUGGUCUCUUGGCAUCUUAAAACGUGGUUGAGUGACUUAAAUGUCUCGCUUUUUGCUUGGGAAACAAGCCGCAAUACACCUCAAAUGGUGUCACUAGAAGACAAUUAUGUGGACUUGAUGAUGGGAAAGAUGAAGAGCUGGGACAACGUCGCGAAAGACGACUUAGAAGAACUAUUCGGAAAGCGGCGGACAUACGUGGGAAUUUACGCCGAGACUUCAUUCAAGACUCCUCAGAUCCAUCGACGUGGAGACGUGUGA